UUUUCUGCAACAAGUCAAACUGUCUGUGGUCAGAGUUAAAUUUACACCAGGGUGAGAAAGAAAUGACACACAGAUGAUUGUGAUGUGUGAAUUACUGGAGACGAACAACUUUACUGAAAAGGAAAUUAUCUAUAGACUCAGGAAAUGAUAAGAGGGCUGCAGUUCAGCGGAAAUGAACUGACACGUCAGGCAGAGAGAAGACAAACUGUCCAAGAAACAGAAUGACUGAAUUCAGAUCAGUUCAGCUGUCUAUAUGUCUGAUUCUGGCACUAAAGUUUACAGUAACAAAGCAAAGUUCUUCUUCUGUCAUUGUGAGAGGAGGGGAUGAAGUUCUGUUGGCCUGUGAAAACAUGAUGGGUCCGAUUAAGUGCUUACGGAUCCACUGGCUCUUCAGUAAAUUAUCUCAAGGAACAGCACUAGCUCUGGUUAAGUUUGGUCACCCUAAUAAAACUCAGGCUGCCAGAGAAAAAGCAGACAGGCUGAGAGUUUCAUCAAACUGCUCUCUGAUAAUUCAGAAGGUCAGCGCUGCUGACGUUGGGACAUAUUACUGCCAACAAGUUCAAACCACAGACCAGAACGAGAUCAUACACACCGUCGCUUUGUCUCUGGUUAACAUUACUGAACAGAAAGAUGAUGAAGAGGUGACGCUAAAUUGUUCUGUUAUACCAAAUGAUCCAUGCAAACACAAUGUGAAGUGGCUUUAUCAAGGUCAAAGUAUUGAUAAACAUAAUACAUAUCUAGGGACAAAAUACUCUGUUUGUGCUGCUGAAGUCACCUUUAAGAGUUCACAUUAUGUUUAUGAGCCGGGCCGUUAUAAUUCACUGCAAUGUGACGUAGAAGAGUCUGGAGGAAGAAAGCAGCAGCGGUUUCCCUUCAGAGCUGAAACUCCAGAGAAGAAAAAUAAAAGAUCUGAAGAGAAUGAGGCAGAACCACCAUCUGGUAUGUGGUGGUUGUACGUCAUUGAAGCUGCUUUAGCAGCUUUCCUGUUGUCUCUCAGUCUUCCCAUAAAGACAAAGAAAAACAAAAGAAAUAAUACACCAGUGGAUGAAAACCUGGAUGAUCCUGAGGUCAGUGUUGUAAUCUUCUCCACUGGGGGGCGGCAUGAGCAUCCCCCCAGUGGAUGCGGCACUGGGUUGUUGGUUUUCUUUGCCAAAACCAACAGCCCAUCCAUCCAGCCAAUGUCUACUGGUAAUCUGAGAUCGGGCCGCAGUGGCAACAGGACCAGUGAGGAACCCCAGAUCGCUCUCUCACCAGAGACAUCCACCGUCGUUUUCAGGGGCAUCCCAAUGAGCUCCCAGGAUUUAUAAUGCCCACACCUAGUAGCUCAAUGUUCACACUCAACGUGAAAAUGGCUGCAAACAAAUGCGCAAUUAUACAACAGUAAGCCUUUGAAAAGCAGAAGUGGAGCCUCCUGCACAACUAACAACCAACAAGGUGGUUUCUGGAUGGUGAGGUGUCUUUUCCAGCAGAUACAGCGGUAAAAUCAGCUGACCAAACAUGCUGGAACUUAUAUUGGGUUGCUAGGUGACAGGCUUCACUGGGGUUGCUAGGUAGCGAGCAGUGCUUGCUGAUUUGUGAAGUUACAUUCCAGAGGUUUUUGAAAUGGAUCAUUUCCAGACACCAAAAAACAUAAAUCUAUUGCCAAAAACUAACUGGGUGUUUUUUAAACCACUUGUGUUGUUUUUAGAAGCAGUAGAAACCCAAAUGGAAGUAUAAAAAUGUGCAGGAUGUGAAUUUUGUAAACUACAUCCCCUUUAAGGCUGAAUCUAGCCGGACUCUGAUGGAAGCUCGUCUAUGUGACUGUAGAGGUCAUAACCUGAAGAACCCAACAGAACCAAAAAACGAGAUCCUGACGUUCUCAAAGUGAACACCAGCCAGAUAUUGAAAUUCACUGAAAAAAUAGAUUUUUUAAUGAAUCAAUAAACAAUUAAUCAAUCUGAAGUUUGUUUGUUUUUGUCCAGAAUGAGGAGUUGUCAUCUUAAAGUAGCAUCCAUAUUUCAUGUGCUAAUACCUGCAAAAAUAUAAUCAGAUUUUGCUGUUGAAUUUUGCUGUCCUAUAAAGUACUCUAACUGUGUUUGGAUUCAAGCAAUAAAGUUAUUAUUUAACCACAAA